GCGGUCAAAGUGAAAGAUAUAUAAAGUAUGCUGGCUAUUGAUACCGAUCCCCUUUUCAUGUUUGUCCAGUGUGAGGCGAGAAGCUUGAAAGUCCGAUCCCCAUGUCGAAAUUCCAUGUGAUGUUAUUAGUGUUAGUGGCGUUGUUAUGGAAUUCAGGCGCAUCAGAAGCAGAGGAAUGCGAGAAGCGAUGGAUCCACAUAAGAAAGCUCCCUUCAAGUUUGAACCUGGAUCUGCUCGCUAACUGUUCGGAAUACCCAAUGUUGGACGACCUGUGUCCCUUCCUAGCAAACCACGGUCUGGGACAAAAAACCCACAACCACUCCCACAGUUGGUACCGAACCGACCCUUCCAUGCUCGAACUCAUCUUCCACCGUCGGAUGUUGGAGUACCCAUGCCUCACGCAAGAUCCGCUCCAGGCUAACGCCAUCUACCUCCCUUACUACGCCGCUCUCGACUCCUUACGCUAUCUCUACGGCCCUGAAUACAACUCCAGCGCCAAACACGGCCUCAGCCUCUUCCACUUUCUCCAAUCCGACAACCCCCAAAUCUGGAACCGCCACAUGGGCCACGACCACUUCCUCGUCAUGGCUCGUCCCGCUUGGGACUUCUCCCAGCCUCUCUUCAACGACCCUCCCGUUUGGGGCACUUCCUUUCUCGAGUUGCCUCAAUUCUUCAACCUCACCGCCCUCACGCUCGAGUCCCGCGCGUGGCCCUGGCAGGAACACGCCGUUCCCUACCCGACCUCCUUCCACCCUCCCAACCUCGGACUCUUCGAAUCCUGGCUCAACCGCGUCCGCCGCUCCAAGCGUUCCGUCUUAGCCAUCUUCGCCGGCGGAGGCGGCGUCUCCGCCACGCCCAACAUCCGCCGCAGCAUAAGGAGCGAGUGCGAGAACGCUACUACCUCCUCGGAUUCCUCCUACGACACGCUGUGCGAGAUUGUGGAUUGCUCCAACGGGAUUUGCGAGCACGACCCUAUUCGGUUCAUGCGGCCAAUGCUUUCGGCCAGUUUCUGCUUGCAGCCUCCAGGGGAUACGCCCACACGCCGCUCCACGUUUGACGCCAUACUCGCGGGGUGUAUACCGGUUUUCUUUGAGGAACUUUCGGCGAAGGCUCAGUAUGGGUGGCAUUUGCCGGAGUCGGAGUUUGAGGAAUUCUCCGUGUUUAUACCGAAGGAGGAGGUGGUGUUCAGAGGGAUGAGGAUUUUGGAUGUGUUGCAACGAAUACCGAGAACUAGGGUUAGGAGAAUGAGGGAGAAGGUUUUGGAGUUGAUACCGAGUGUCUUGUACAGGAAGCAUAAUAGUUCCCCGGGUCUCAAAACUAAGAAGGAUGCUGUUGAUUUAGCCAUUGAUGGUACAUUGGAUAAGAUUCGAUCCAGGCUUCGGGAUCUUCAUCUUGAUUUUGUUAUGUAAUCAUAGUUUAUUUAUUUUUUGGUUUCUUUCCUUAAUCGUUUUGCUCCCUUUAUUCUAAGUUCAUAAUUAGACGUUUAAAGUAGUAUCUUUUUUUUUUUUUUGGUUAAUAAUCUAUGAAACUUCACACGAAAGCACCAAAUUGUGACAGCGUAUCUAUAAAUUAUUUCUGUCACCGGCAUUUUGUUGUCUUUGAAAUUUUGUGUUUGAAGUUAUGAAUAGGGAAAUGUUAGACUAGUGAUAAGGAAUAGGUGUAUCCAAUCUUGUCAAGUAGCUUCUCUGGAUCAGCUUCAAUUGAUGAUCCGCAAGGCCUUUUUUUCGAUUCUGUAUUUGUACAUUAUAUAUAUUGUAGUAUGAUGAUUCUCGGGAAUUUAAUUGUUAAUCCAGUUUAUUAUUA